CCUCCCCCCUCCCCAGACCCAUCUUCCUUCCUUUUCUUCCAUCCCUCCUCUUUCUCUGUCCCUCCAAUUUCAAUUCAUACUGAUUUCUCCUCUAUCCGUCUAGCCUCCCCUCCCCACCUUCCUCACUAACCAAUAGAUGCCCGGCCAGUAAUGGAGGAUUUCCUACCCGACAUGUAAGCGAACGUUCCCUUCAGCCGGCGGAUUCUUCCUUCGUUUGAAAAGACAAAACAAAAACAGCAACAACACAACAAACAAGGGAAAAAAAGGCUGAAGAAGGACAGGGGAAGAUUCGGCCUCUGCACUCAGUGGAAGCCAAAAUGUCGACUAGAACGCCAUUGCCCACAGUGAAUGAGCGAGACACAGAAAAUCACACUUCCCUUGAUGGAUAUGGCGAAUCACAAAGCCAGCCCUCCAAAUCAAGUAGCAGACAAAAUCUGCCACGAUGUAGGAACUCAGUGGCAUCUACGACUGAAGAGCAACCCCAUGUUGGAAAUUAUAGGCUGCUAAAGACUAUCGGCAAGGGAAACUUUGCAAAAGUAAAAUUAGCACGACAUGUUCUAACUGGAAGGGAAGUUGCUGUUAAAAUAAUUGACAAAACUCAGCUCAAUCCUACCAGUCUACAAAAGCUCUUUCGAGAAGUAAGAAUUAUGAAGAUUUUGAAUCAUCCCAAUAUAGUGAAAUUAUUUGAAGUAAUAGAAACUGAGAAGACGCUGUAUUUAAUUAUGGAGUAUGCAAGUGGGGGAGAAGUUUUUGAUUACUUAGUUGCACACGGAAGAAUGAAAGAAAAAGAAGCAAGGGCAAAGUUUAGACAGAUUGUUUCAUCGGUAGAAUACUGUCAUCAGAAGUGUAUUGUACAUAGAGAUCUCAAGGCAGAAAAUUUGCUGCUUGAUGCAGAUAUGAAUAUAAAAAUUGCAGAUUUUGGCUUUAGUAAUGAAUUUACAAUUGGUAGCAAAUUAGACACAUUUUGUGGAAGUCCACCAUAUGCAGCACCAGAGCUUUUUCAAGGAAAAAAAUACGAUGGCCCAGAGGUGGAUGUUUGGAGUCUUGGCGUCAUCCUUUACACAUUAGUUAGUGGAUCUUUACCUUUUGAUGGCCAAAAUUUAAAGGAAUUAAGGGAAAGAGUGUUGCGAGGAAAAUAUCGUAUUCCUUUCUAUAUGUCAACUGACUGUGAAAACUUGCUCAAAAAACUCCUGGUAUUAAAUCCUGCCAAACGAGGCAGUUUGGAACAAAUUAUGAAGGAUCGAUGGAUGAACGUUGGUUUUGAGGAGGAGGAAUUAAAACCAUACAGUGAACCAGAACCUGACUACAGUGAUCCCAAAAGAAUAGAAACGAUGAUCACUAUGGGUUUCCCAAGAGAAGAAAUUACUCAAUCCCUUGUGGGACAGAAGUAUGAUGAAGUCAUGGCCUGUUAUCUAUUAUUAGGCAGGAAACCUCCAGAGUUUGAAGGCAGUGAAUCUGUAUCCAGCAGUAACCUGUGUCAAAGGUCUCGACCCAAUAGCGAUCUCAACAACAGCUCUACGCAGUCCCCUGCACAUUCGAAGGUCCAGCGCAGUAUAUCAGCGAAUCAGAAACAGCGACGGUUUAGUGAUCAUGGUGGGGAUGACAUUCAAACAUCUGGCCCAUCAAUCCCACCUGCUGUAUCAUACACCAAACGAACUCAAGCAAACAGUGUAGAAAGUGAACAGAAAGAAGAGUGGGACAAAGACCUGGCUCGCAAAUUAAGUAGCACCACUGUGGGUUCCAAAGCUGAUGUCCCUGCAAGCCCACUUGCAGGUCUUGAAAGGAAGAAGUCUAUGACUGGUCCAAGUAACAACAUGGUUCCAGGUAUGACAAGAAGAAACACUUAUGUUUGCGAGCGAUCCACUGGAGAUCGGUAUUCUGCGGUGCAGAAUGGAAAAGACAGCAGCCUAAUUGAAAUGUCUGCUUGUGCAAGCAGUACUUCCACAUCCAUCGCAAGUCCUGCAGGAUCUUCUGGAGUACCUUCAGCACGCCCUCGACACCAGAAAUCAAUGUCAGCUUCUGGUCAUCCAAUCAAGGUCACUCUGCCUUCCAUAGAUGAUGGCAGUGAAGGUUACCGAUCCAGCACUGCAGCUCAGAGGGUACCUGCUGCUUCCCCUUCUGCACAUAGUAUUAGCACUGCAACUCCAGAUAGAACCCGCUUCCCUCGAGGUAGCUCCAGCCGAAGCACUUUUCAUGGGGGACAGCUGCGGGAACGCCACACUGCCACGUACAAUGGACCACCAGCUUCACCAACACUGUCACAUGACACUGGUGCCCUUUCACAAGCUCGAAGGGGAACUUCAACUGGUAUCAUAAGCAAGAUCACCUCCAAAUUUGCCCGCAGGGGCCCGAGUGAAGGUGAAGGCAGUGGCAGAGCUGACACUGCAAGGAGUAUGUCAGGAGAACCAAAAGACAAAGAAAGAGAUGACAGCAAAGAUGCAAAACCAAGAUCUUUGAGGUUCACAUGGAGCAUGAAGACAACUAGUUCAAUGGAUCCCAAUGAUAUGAUGCGAGAGAUCCGAAAGGUGCUGGAUGCUAAUAACUGUGACUAUGAGCAACGAGAAAGGUUCCUUUUGUUCUGUGUUCAUGGUGAUGCUCGACAGGACAACUUGGUUCAAUGGGAAAUGGAGGUCUGCAAGUUGCCACGUUUGUCUCUAAAUGGUGUUCGUUUUAAGCGAAUAUCAGGAACGUCUAUAGCAUUCAAGAACAUUGCAUCCAAAAUUGCAAAUGAGCUGAAGUUGUGAAGAAAAACUGUAAUAUGAGAUCAGGGAAGUUUCUUGUAUGAUAUACAGUUCACUCAUGAAUGUACUGGUAUUAUUGCUAAUGUGCGUGAGUUUGGCCACCAAUCCCACUUCCUCCCUCAUACCAAUAAACGGUUAGAAAUUUCCGUCGCAAUAAGUUUAUAUAUAUUGUGAUUAUAAAUUGUAAAACCUGGAUCCGUAUGGCUUAUUGUGAAUUAGCUUUAACGAAUUGUGAUCUUAUUUCCACAUGUACAGGUAAGUAUAUUGAGCAUUGUCACAGCUUAUGUUCAUAUAGUUGUACAAUAAAAAGUAAUACCUAACAUCUACAGGUACUGUAUAGUUGUGUCCUGAUUUAUGUACAGAAAUGCUCAUUUUAAUGUUCCAUGUGUUUUUGAGCUUGAAAUUCUUUAGCACUAACUACAUUUUGGGUGUUAGAUAAAUAAAGGUUUGUGAUUUCAUAUUAUUGAAAUUUGAUCUCCCCUUUCCACUCCACCACAAAACUGAAGCCAUUAUGAUCUUUUGUUAUCUGGAUGUCCAGUAUAAUUCCCUCCAUAUUAUGAUAUCGUCAUUAAUAGCACAAAACAGCUUUGGAAAAGUUGCUCAGGAAAUAUCAUUCACCUUUGAGGAUGAUGGUCCUCAUCAUUUUGUUUGUGCUCUGUGAGAUUACAAAUACGCACCAUUCACAUUUUCAAAUCGUGUAUAAUAUAGUAAAGCUCACAUGUUAAAUGGUAUGAUUUCCUGCCCUAACUGUAAUCUCUUGUACUGAAUAGUUUACCAGAUUUCCUGUAUUUAUUCCAGGACAGUAUACCUGUAAUGUGCAUUGUAAUUAUUAGGCCUUCACAAAUGAAAGGAUUUUUUUCCUUUAUUACUAGUGAUGUACAAUGUAAAACCACUAGUAAUGGUACAUUUAAUACAUGUUUUGUACCAAAUUAACCAUGUAGGUUAAUUGUGCAAUUGUAUUUUAUGUUGUAAUUAUUGUAAUAUUAGCAUUUGACCCUGUCUGCACUCUUGUGACAAUUUGGAAAAGUAAUCGAACCCUGUCAAUAUACAUGUUGUGAUCAGAUAUGCACUCUGAUUAUCAGAAGGUAAACUAAGUCUGUGAUUGCCUAAACAUUCAGCAAUCUUAGGCUGAAGCUUUGGAUUGUAAAUACUCUGUAAUGUAGCUUAUUUCCAGUGGCGGUUGUGUUUCAGAAUGAUGUGGAACUUGCUGUCUUAGAAGAUGCUUGGACAGUCAUACUUGCCCCUCCCCUUUAUGUUAAAUGAGAGGAGCUCAGUGCAAGGUACAUGGAUACAUUUUCACUGGUGCAAGAUAUUAAAACAAAUUUGAAAUGACUGGAACAUGGUGUAAGUUUUAUUUCAUUUUAACCUUUUCAUAGGAUUGUUUUCUUCAGAUCAUUGGAUGUCAAGAUAAAAGCAUUCAUUCUUUUAUUUACAUUCUGUUACUUUUUUUUAUAACAGAUUACAUUCCUUACAUUACAUAAAAAUGGCAUAUUUAAGAAAGUAACCUUACAAAGAAACUUGAUUAUUACAUUAGUAAUGGACAGUAUUGUCCAAAUAGAGAAGAAAGCAACAGUCCAUCCUUUGUACAAUGUGGCAAAUGGGACCAAAUUUUGUACAUUAAAGUUCUGCAGCUUAAAUUAUCAUAAACUUGUUUAUAUGGCAUCUAAAAUAGAAUAGAACAAAUAAAUAUUAUUCAAUAUUUUUGCUUUUAAUCAAGAUUGCUCUCUGGAAUAUGGCAUUUUGUCAUCCUAAUUAUAUAACAAUCUUUUAAGUUUUAAAAAAACAUUUGUUUUGAAUAUUCAUGUAUGAAAUCACUAAAUUAAAAGUCGCUAUGUUAAUUUUAGAUUUACUUUGUCACUUUCUAUUAGUCAAAGAAAAUUUCAAAAAAGCAAAAUACUGAAAAUAUUUAGCAGGCCAAGGUACCAUAAGCAAAGAGGAACAGGGAGCUAAUUUUUUUCAGGUGAUAGCAUUGCAGUGGAACUGGGUUCAGAGAGGUAACCAAUUGAUGAUGCCAAAUCGUUUUCUCACCCGAUAAUGAGUAUUUCCAUCAUUUCCUAUUUCGUUUUCCAGCAUUUGCGGUAUUUUGCUUUUAAUAGAAAUUGCUUUCUGGAAUUGUCCAAAGCUGAACUAGAUUUUUCACAACCUUGGUAUCCUUGAACUGAGCCUCCAUUUCUCUUUAAAUAAUGUCAUCAAUACUGCCUCUUUCCUGUUCUGUAAUGUUGUCAUCUGUCCUUUAUCCCAAGACAUUGUUUUUGAGCUGUUCAUGUUUUCAAACGUUGAUGUAUAACUGUGCCAAGGUGGGAUUUUGUUCUUACCUUUAAACUGUAGUUACAAUUUGUAAACUAAUUAGGUUGAGAUUUAAACUAAUUAAACUGCUUUUUAAACUAAUUAGGACUGUAUCCAUAACAUCCUAAAUGGUACAGUACAACACAAAAUGCUGGAUCUAUGGAA